UGCGCUGUGUGUGUAUGCACAGCAGUGUUUUUUUCCUGCGUGGGAUCGCGAUUGCUCUUUCUCCACACGGAAUUAGUGUUGCGGAUAUUUAUUUGGAAAUAUUUUGCGGAAUAUAUCGUCUUCAAUCAAUCUUUAAUCAGGAUUGUUUGCAGGCUAUUAAAAGGCAAAAUGCCGAAUAAUCGAGCGACUGAGAGCCAGCCGUCAGGAACAACACCUUCAAAUCCAGCUGCUCCAAGCUCAUCGACUACGACGAGCAGUCGACCAUCUUCGGCUGGCAGUGGUGGUCGACGAGGUGGACCUUCACAGGAUAGAGGAAAACCGAACCAUUCUUUGGGCAAACCAGGUUCCAAGGGCCCGCUUAGCUCAAGCGCUAAAAGGAUCCAGAAGGAACUCGCAGAAAUAACCCUCGAUCCACCACCUAAUUGCAGUGCUGGACCUAAAGGAGACAACAUAUACGAAUGGGUUUCCACCAUACUUGGUCCAACAGGUUCUGUAUAUGAGGGCGGAGUUUUCUUCCUUGAUAUUCAUUUCUCAACAGAAUACCCCUUCAAACCACCAAAGGUGACAUUUCGCACCCGUAUCUAUCACUGCAACAUCAACAGCCAGGGCACAAUCUGUUUAGACAUCCUGAAAGAUAACUGGUCUCCUGCCUUGACCAUUGGCAAAGUUCUUCUAUCCAUCUCUUCCCUCCUCUCAGAUUGCAACCCUGAGGACCCCCUUGUCGGAAGUAUAGCUACACAGUAUCUGUCGAACCGUGGUGAACACGACAGGUUAGCCAAGCAAUGGGUACAGAGGUUUGCAACAUGACGUAGGAGAGGUCUGCUACAUUGCGGGCUACUCUCUCACACAUUGUACAGUUAAAGGAAAAAAGUUUCAAUUUUUUUAAUUGCGGGCUGUGGUCUGCCAGUGAUGAAAUCCCCAUUGUUUUUUAUGUAUUUUCCAUGCUAUUCACCCUUUCCUUCCCCCACUCAUGUGUCCCAAUUUUUGUCGGCCCUGUCUCACACAGUUAUACAAUUGAACCAUUUAUCUCAUCUAUGGGAAACGAUUGAUCCUUCUUAAUUUGGCAACUUUUUUUUCAUACAGUUAGCUAUUAGCAUUUGCCCUCUUUCUAUUUACAUGUGAUUACUUUCAAUCCCAAGUAAAGAAAGCCAGCAUUACCAAUAUUUGUCAACUCUAAGGUAUAUACUGUGACCCUUUGUGAACAAAAAAGGGGCACAGUGAGAUGUACACGAUAUGUCCAUAUAAAGUUUACAUCAUCUCUAAGGGUGCUGUGCUGAGCCAUGUAGCCUUGACAUAUUGCUGCUGUUCCAUGGUUGGAAUUGAUUUUCAUGAAUCAUUCUGUCAAAGAUUGGGUUAAAGAUCCUGUAACCAAAAAAAGAGAAAGAUACAAAUAAAUACAUCUUCUUUUUUACAGUACCAAGGUGUACAUUGUGCAAUGCCACCGCAAAGUAUCAAGAUCUUGAUAUUGAUAUUUUGAUUGGUAUGCUUCUUGUGAACCUUAUGCACAUGCCAAUAAGUCAAUCUUAAAUCCAUGCCCUAAUAGAGAUAGAAAAAUAAGGUGAAACAAGAUAUUCAGAUAAGAAAUGUUGUAGGAAUUUGUUUGAUCAAUCUAUCAAAGAGAUAUGGUUUUCUACGCAACCAAGCUUCCAUAUAAACACAGAUCUCUCUCUCCUUCCUUUUUUUUUGGUUCAUAAAGUCACAUAGAUAGUGUCUUAUUAUUCUGUCUUCUGUUCAACAUAACUUGUAUUAUGGAUUAGUCAUGCUAUGACAAUAUUCAGCUUUGAGCUGAUGUGAGAAACAUCAUAGUACAAUGCCUAUUUUUUAAAUAAAUAACAAAAUAUCAUGGGAUCAGCAUUAUGGAUUGAUAACGGUUCGAAGGGUUGCUAAACUGCGCAAGGCAUAUCAAGUCCAUUUAUCUACCUCUUUUUGAUGUGAAGUUAUUCCACUCCACAUAUCCCAUUUAUAUUUUACCAUUCAUAGAUAAUUUGAAUCCCUCGUUUGAUGUACAAAAAAAAGUGAACUUUUGAUAUUUUUUUCUAAAAAGGAAGAGCGAUUGUUGAUUAUUGGUAUGAUUUUUACCCUACACAUUGCUGAAGGCCAUUCGAUGUACCACGGUUAGUUGUGAUUUGACAUUUAGUUGUAAAGGAGGAUUCUAAUUCUAUAAAACAAUCAACUGGACAUAACAACCGUGUCUUGUUGCAAUAUAGAAUGUGUUUUGGACCAUUCAGUAUUGAAUAACGAUAAAGCAAAGUGUCAUUGAAGGAUUUUUCUCCCUUUUCCUGGUAUUAUUUUUUGUUUGCCUUAAUGUACUUCCCAGUCUCUUUAGCUUUGACCACUUCCUGGCUAAUGUGAUAAUUCAAGCCAACAAUUCCACUGGUAGACCACAUAAUGAUGUACAGCGUAUACUCUGUCAGUAAUUAUCAUAUCUUAGGAUUUUUUUUCACAUUUUAAAAAUAUUUCAAAGUGUUCUUGCAUGUUUAUUGUCAUAUUGAACGAAAGAUUAAUUGUUGAUAUACCGGGCCUUUUAAAAGACAUAGUUUAAAAUCAGUCGUUAAUCUCCUUGUCUGUCUAUUAAACUUUUCAUAUUAACUCGUCAGAAUGUUCUACAAUGUAUGAUUAAGCACUAAUAUCUACACUGGAACUAUUUCAUAAAACUGUUCAUAGAGUAAUAUACAUAACUUUAUAAAAGAAUGGAAUGUGAUGAAUUAUGAACCAAAAUGCGAGCUUGAAAAAAAAAAAUCUUGAUUUUUUUUCAAGAUGUAUUUAACUACAACUGUAUGUGCUGGUAUUCAGGCAGCAAAACACAUUUUGAUUGCAAUUAAUGCAGUUGAUACACACAUUUGGCUUGUCAUAAGUCGGUCAUUUGUAGAGUGAUUCAUCCUUGGCAGCUUCAUGAAAUACCAUUAGGUUCUAAUUGAUUUGACAUGAUACAAUAUCUUACUUGUAUAUUAUAUCCUUUUGUGCUGAUGUCCUACAUGUAUUUUUAAGUGAUUAUGUGAUUACAGAAUGCGCAGCUCAAAAGAAGGUGAAACAGUCAAUAGUGAAAUUCUUGCCAAAUGAAUGUUUUAUUCCUUCAAGCCAAUCAAUGCAUAUAUUCUGAAAACACUUAGAGAUCACACACUUCUCCACAGUAUGAGGAAUUAAUAUUUGCUUGGAGAUAAAUAGAGGAAUAUCUUUUGAGACCUUUUAAAAUCUCUUGAUACAUUUAGUGCUUGUAUGACUCAGCCAUACUCCCAAAAUGACUCCACAGUCCACACCAACUCAAAUCCACUGCUCCAUGAACAAAGAAGGCUAAUACUAAACUGUCUCUUAAUGUUAUGAAUCUAGGUCUCUGAUUGGUCAAAGUUAUAAAAUCCGAUAUCGACUGUCUGGCAAUAUAGUUACCCUGUACACAUAGAAUCAGGAAUUACCAUGCUUGUCAACUUUCAGUCAUAGACCCAUUCUCAUUAAUUCCCUAAAACUAGUUUAACGUAUAAUUAGAAAGGUCGAAGCGGUCUUGGAAGUUAUUUUUCAAACCAAACCACCUUGCGCUUUAGUUUUCAAGAUCGCUUUGCCUCGUUAAACCGCUUAUAGCGUAAGUGAGGACACAACCAUUCUUUGGGAAGUGAUCUUCACACAUUUUAAGUGCGCUACGCUACACAGUACACACUGUGUUUAGAAUGUCUACACUGCGGUUUUGAAUUUUAUGCAAAACAUGUCACCCCACUGAGAGCGUUCCCAUACCAACAAGGCCACUUUACAUGAAGUGGUUUUGAAAACCGCUUUCGGCUGAUCAAAUGGGAACGCAAGCAAGGUGAUCUUCCAAACUGGUUUCCUGGACCGGUUUUCAGUAAACUGGUUUUUAAAAGUAUGAUGAGAAUGGUGUCAUAUUUUGCCUGCAUUUCCCCAAACUUCUCCAUAUAUGCAUUUAGGACACUUUUCCAAACAGUUGUGCUAUAGAUUGACAGUAUACUUGUAAUGACUGCUUCUUAACAGCUUUCACACAGGACUUUAUAUUGUGUUGUACUGAAGGCUUAAACAAUUAAAAUCAUGUAUAUCCGUCAAUCCAUGUACAUGUACCCCUUUCAUCAAUUGCUAAAGGUGAUAUUAAAGAACAAUAUGUACCUUGGAUGAGAUGGGUUUUUUCUUGUCCUCAAUGUUUUGUUUGAGUGUACACUGUUAUUCUUCAUUGUUUAGCAGUUUGGUCAGUAUGUUAGUAUGACCUUGCUCUUGGUAGAUUCAUUUAGGUGCUAUAGAUGGGAAUUUUUAUUGUCUAGACCUUGUAACUUUAGUAGAAAUUUUGAGGCAUUGAAAAUUCAUACAAAUCUUUCAGAUGUGGGAAUUCUUUUAAUUGCAACUCAGCAGCGAGUGCAAACUUUGUGUAACUUUGCCAUCAAAGGAAGUUUGUCUUAUGGUUGUUUCCUUUAUUUCCUUUAUUACUUAUUUACUUAUGUAUGAUGAUUUUGUAUGGAUGAUAACUUAUCCUGAGUGACAAACCUGAGUGUUUUAUACCUGUGAAUUAACUGAAUCAUUUAACAAGGGUUACAAUGUCUCACCAAAAAAGGGUUAUUAUUAAAGUUGAUUGAGGAGCCCUGUAAUCUCAUGAUGAAAUUAUUGAAACCACCUACUGUCUGCUUCUUCAGUGCAAAUGAUAGCGUAUUUUAGCAUCCAUGUAGCAUGACGCAGACGCUUUCUGCAAUGUUCAGAGUUCUAUUGAAAAUGCCCAUCAAAUCACAAUUGACAAAUUAGAGGUCAUUCUCGAAAGUUGUGGACCGGCACGGACCGGACAAAAAUUGCAAAUAUGACUUUUGCCCAGAGUCCAGGAUGAAACUGCUGUUUUUGAUUCGCUAAUUGUUGACAAAGACUGCUUUGAUAUGAAGGGCUUUUGACAAUAGAUUAUCAGUGUUAUAGAAAGCGUCUAGGAAGUGAUUGCUAAAAUGCCUUAGUCUCAAGUUCUGAUCAAGAUUGUUUAGGGUCCUGAUGCAUAAAAGUUAAUAUAAUGGUAACUACAUGUCAUCAAAUGAAUGGUACAUGUAACUUUCAUGGUAACAAUGCUCAACAGCCAAUCAAAGUAAAGGAUUCCAUGUCAGUUUAUCUACCAUUAGAAUGGCAAAGUGACCAUUAUAUUUAUGUGCAGUGGGGUCCAGAUUAGAACUUAUGAUGAGAUACAUGUAUUACUUUGAAAACUUGGCUGAUGAAAAUGGCCCUUCUGUGUCUCUUAAAAUGCAUGCCAAUGAGUGUUAAAAUCAAAAUAAUAUGGACAAAACAACUGGACUGCAAUAACCAAUGCUAGUUGUUAACCCAUUGCAGGGAAUAGUUUUCCUGGUAUCGCAUCGCAUUUUGUAAAGUCUGCUAUGCAAAAAUUCUUUUGUAUAGCAUAUUUUUACAUGUAUAAGACUAUAUAGUUAAAGAGCUUUUCUCUUAUGACCAAAAAUGCUAUUCAAAUUUGUAAAGCAAAAUUAUUCCCUGGCCUCCUUGAGUUGGGAGAUGAAUUUAUAAAUUCUUUGGAAAUUACAGAAUUCAGUAGUCAAAAGGUUUAACAGAUUCAAUGUAGGAAGCGACUGUAUUGUGUCCCUCCUUUUAGUGAAAUCAGACAAUUAGCACCAGCAUUUUCUACUUUUGAUCAUUAUUUUUUUUUGUUUUUCACAAAACAGCACAUGGUUGACUGGAUUGACUGUAACACUAAACAUGUGAAAAUGUUAAUUUAGUUGACCGUUAUUCCUCACCCGAAACAGUAUUUUAUACAGGCCUACUGAUUCAAAAGCAGGCUUUGAAGUGGUCAUAAAUUAUUUCAGCGUACAAAACUCUGUAUGCAUCAUUGUUCUUGUGGAUCUAUCUGUGUAGGCACUCAGCACUUCAAUGUUAGCUCAUGAUGAAUAUUUUUGGUCAGAUUCUAUAAUGCUUGUGUGCUGGGGAAUUCAAAUGAUAAAGACACCUUUGUAAUGAUGGAAAAUAUGCAAAUAUUUAUGUGUAUAUACUGAAUGUAGUUUAUUAAUCAAGUUUGAUAAUUACUGACAGAUUAAAAAGGCAUUUUAAAAGAAAUCAUAUGGUACAGAAAGCUAGUGUUUUGAAAUGUAGAUGAUAGCAAUUUAUGCCUUUGGAUGUAGAGCGGAGUGUAGAAAUUUUUAUGUGUUUUCAGUAGUGUAAACAGGUGACAGCUCAGAAGUAUAUGUACAUGUAAUGCACAGCCACGUGAAAACAAUAUGUACUUCCCACUGUACUGAAACUAUGUUGUGUAUUACUCUGUAUGCUCACAUAUUUUGGAUAAUUGAGUAAAAGACAAUUGCUAGUGAUGCAAGUAAAAAAAAUAAUUGCUAGUGAUGUAAAUCAAUCUUUCAGUUGUAUCUGUCAAAUGAUUUGAUAUUUAUUGCUCAAUAUCAUUUCCAAUGAAUUUGAAUAUUGUUCACUGUCACAACUUAUUCCACGAUCAAACAUGUUAUUGGUAUGUUAAGUUGUUUUAAUGGUAAAUGUAAGUCGAAAGGUAAAGCAGUAUGUGGAAAGACUGGAUGUGAUUUUGAGUGUGAUGAUAUGAAAUCAAGAGGUUGUUUGGUGAGCAGUACACAACACAACAUAGAUUGUUGUUUAAGAUUCAUGUAUGUUGUAUAGUUUUACUGGGAGGGGGGGGUGAAAGAGAGAGAGAGUAUGAGUGUGUCUGUCUGUAAGGAAGAGUGGAUGGGGUGUGUGUGAGUGUGUGUGGUUGUGUAUGGUUUUGAGCGUACAGAUAUGUUAUUGCACGUUUGUGGAUGUGUAUGUGGGUAUGAGUGUCUUCUUUGAAAAUCUAUCACUAAGAAUUUUAUACCGCAGGGAAGACGUGAAUCAUCAGACAAAUUUUAAUUUGAGUAGUCUUGAAAAGAAGUUGUUGUCACCUUAAACAAGAUGAGGAGAAAUUGUAAGUGCUACAGGUAUUUUGAAUAUUGGAGAAGAAAAUGUUAGCACUUGAAUAUUUUUUUUUGUUUGGUUCAAUGUUUCUACAGAAUCAUGUUCUCAUUUCACUUUGUGAAAUUGUAAUAUGUCAUUUUAUGUCACUCGUUAACCAUGUAGAAUAAAUGCACAUGGAACAUAAAGAUA